CCAAGCAAGACUCCCCCAGGCAAGGGCGGCUCGGAAGCUCAGCCACGGGCUCGAUGCCCAGAAGGUGCUGAAGAAGAUGCCUCCUGGCGGUCUUGGGACAAUGCUAUUAGUGGAAUCAAAAACAGAGGAAGGAAAAAAUGGUGCUAGAAAGAAGUAUGUUGUGAAAAAGGUUGAAUGCAUUGACGAAAGCCAUGCAAAUGAUGCCCUCAGAGAGGCCAUGGUCUUGCUGAAAUUGAAACAUCGAAACAUCUGUGCCUACAAAGAAUUGUUCAUCAUCUGGGACAAUAAUAUUUCAUCCCUCUUCCUUUGUCUGGUGAUGCAUCACUCAAAUCAAGGGGAUCUUUCAGCUCUGAUCAAGGCAAAGAGGCAGAAGUGUGAAAAAAUUCAAGACUGGGUGAUCCAGAUAUUCCUUGGGCAGAUGAUGGAUGUCUUGGUUUACCUCCAUCAGCAAAACAUUUUCCAUAGAAACCUCAGACCAUCCAACAUCCUUCUAGCCGGCGAGGCCUCCUUUAUGCUUUGUGAUUUCAGCUCCGAAACCCUCAUGACUGAUGAGAUGAAAUGGAAGAUAAGAGUGGAAGAAGCUCCUGACCAUAAGUCCUGGAUGGCGCCAGAAGCACUUUCAUUUUCCUUCAGUGACAAAUCUGACAUCUGGUCUCUGGGCUGUAUCCUGCUUGAUAUGUUAAACUGCUCCUAUUUGCAUGCAGAAGAGGCAACUUCAUUAUUGGGCCGAAUUAAAGAAAAUAUCCUUAGUCUUGAGAAUGCCCUGAAGUCUAUGAGGCAGGAGGAUGCACCCAUUUCUGCUAUUUUGGUUAUGAUGCUGCAGAUCCAGCCAACUAUGAGGCCCACCGUACAGGAACUAGUUAGUAAUCCAUUUGUUAAAGAAUGUUUAAUUCUAGCCAGAUCUCCCCUAAUCAAAGUGAAGAAGCCUCUGUCUCCUGGAAUAAUUGAUGUAAUCUGUGAAAGUGGAAUCCAUACUGUUCUAGAAUUUAUGAUUACUUACCCAGAGAUAGAAGAAGCUCAGGAAAAGUGCAUUGAGCGUCUUAAUACCAUCUUGAAAGAUGCUAAGGCUGUGGGACAGAACCUGGAUGUGGAGAUGCUGGCCAGCGAAGACACCGUCCGUUGCCUGGUGAACUCGAUGAAAGCGUUUCCUGACAACGAAGGCCUGCUGGGGAUGAUCUGCACGUUAUUCAUGAUGAUGUCAAGUAAUGAUGCAGCUGCAAAAGCCCUGAGGAAAGCUGGUAUCUUCUCAGAAGUUCUGACCGUUCUGAGCAAUUGUGCUCACAAUAAAGACAUCAGCCUCGCUUGUUGUGGAGUUAUCUGGAGUUUGGUAGUAAAUGUCACUGAUGUGUCUGAAAUGCCACUGAAAUACGCUAUUGAGAUUGUCUCUGCAGUCCUCCACAUGCAUCUUCCGCACGGAGAUGUGACGGAAUCAGCAUGCUGUGCCUUCUGGGCCCUGUCCCUUCACGAUUGUGUUGAUGAAGCUAAUUAUGAACCCUAUUCCUUGCUUCUGCUGAAUGCUCUCCGGCUGCACUUUGAAAGGCCAGUGCUGGCGAAGAAUGCUUGUCUGGCAUUGGCAAGCCUUUUAAGGACAUCUGAACUGUCUGGGUUCCGAUUCAUUGUCACAGAUGAAAAGGGCAGCGGCAUGACCCUCCUCAAGGAGUGCUAUCGGUUUCAUUGUGAGGACCCGGAAGUGAUAGAAAACAUGUGUGUGUUGAUCGACGAGAUGUUUAAAUACGAUGAGAUUGUGGUGGAGAUGGUCUCUCAGAACAUUACAGAGAUGCUGACAGAAAUGAAGAACAGGUUUACAUCCAGCUUGGAAAUUGUUACCUUGGUAGAAAAGGCACUCUCCAAACUGCAAAAAGGUGAACAGAUUUAA